UUAAUGCCCGAAUGUAAUUUUUGUUACACAGAGAUAAUUUAGUUUUUCAGUUUUAAAAUAACAAUAACUUACCUCCUCCUUUUAACAUACAUACAUAUAUGUAUGUAUAUAUAUGUAAAAAAGCCUUGACGCUUGGGGCGAUCGUCUUACUUUUGUCACCCUCGAUUUUAAGGAGAAAAAGAGAAGACAUUUGAGGGUGCCAUAAAUUAAGUUGUUUCUCUUAGUGUAUGAUGAGAAAAACGGAACACAAUGGUUUAUCAAAAGCUUGUUCAAUAUACAUAUCCUGUGUCAGCACCCUUGUCACGAGCCGGCAAGGAAGGGACCUCAUUCUACGUACGGCACUGGCCACUGUCGGAGGCUCUCCUUAACCGAGAAACACGGUGAGAGAGACGCGUCACCAGAGGCGUUCACAACGACUUUGUCUCUCGUCCAUUCCUCAUCUCAUUGAUCGGAACGGUGUAUCGCGGGGAUCGAGUGCCCCUGGAUCAUUGGCUUUUCAAUCAGUUCACUUGUGUCGUUCGAUUUUCGUCGUGGAUCUAUCGAGGCGUCUGCCAUCUCACAACACGAGACACUCUCUCAAGGGAGAUACACGAUACACCGAGUUAGAAUAUAAUGCCGAUGGCUUAAAUUCUGUUUAAGAAAUUUAAACGAUAGGGGGGAGGAUAAAAAAUGGCUCGAGCAUCUUUUCAGGCAAUCUUUGCAAUACUAUUAUUUGCACUAACUAUUGUGUCGGAUAUCGCAGAGCCUCAACAUGCCAGGGAAAGGGUUAUUCCAGCUAGAGGAUCAAUCCAGAGAGGAGAUAUGUCACCUAUGGAGGUGAACGAAGAUCGCCAUUAUUGGCCAAGGCAGAUCAUUCACAGUCCAAGAGGCGCACAAAUAAAGAGGAAGCAUCCCUGCGAGCAGAGUUCGUGUUACCCCUCUACAGGAAAUUUAUUAAUCGGUCGAAAAAAUCGAUUGGCCGCAUCAUCUACUUGCGGUCUUACAAAACCUGAAAGAUACUGCAUCGUUUCGCAUUUAAAGGAGCGGAAAAAGUGCUUUUUUUGCGACGCAUCGUCGCCCAACAAGCAACAUAACAUCGAAAAUGUUGUUACCGAUAAAAAUUGGUGGCAAGCGGAAAAUGGCGUGGAGAACGUAACGAUACGCUUCGAUCUGGAAGCGGAGUUCCAUUUUACCCACAGCAUCAUCCGUUUCAAAACGUUUAGACCGGCGAAGAUGUUGAUCGAACGAUCGUCUGAUUUUGGUAAAACGUGGCAAGUGUAUCGAUACUUCGCGCACAACUGCGAAAAGUAUUUCCCUGGUGUGUCUACGGAACAACCUCAGAGACUGACGGAUGUUAUCUGCGAGACGAGGUAUUCCGCCGUGGCGCCAUCGUCUGGAGGUGAUGUUAUCUUUAGAGUAUUGCCUCAGAAUUUGGAGAUAGACAACCCCUACUCCAAGGAAGUGCAGAACCAACUGAAAAUAACGAACCUUCGCAUAAACAUGACUAGGUUGCACACUCUAGGAGACGAUCUUCUCGACGACCGCGCAGAAAUUCGAGAGAAAUAUUACUAUGCCAUCCAAAACAUAGUGAUUCGCGGAUCUUGUUCCUGUUACGGUCACGCGUCUAGAUGUCUUCCGCUUCCUGGAGUCCCUGAUGAGGAAAACAUGGUGCACGGCAGAUGCGAGUGUACUCACAAUACUACGGGAUUGAAUUGUGAAAAAUGUCAAGACUUCUACAAUGAUCUUCCGUGGAAACCAGCUGUUGGAAAGCAGACGAACGCUUGUAGACCUUGUAUUUGUAACAAUCACACGAACUCUUGCCAUUUCGACGAAGCUGUUUAUGAAAAUUCUGGAAGAGUAUCUGGCGGUGUUUGCGAUGACUGUCAACACAAUACCAUGGGAAAGAACUGCGAACUCUGCAAACCAUUCUUCUAUCACGACGUGACCAAAGAUAUUACUCAUCCUGAAGCAUGUCUGCCUUGUGAUUGCGACUUAGGUGGUUCCUUGGACGACGGUAUAUGCGAUUCGAUAACUAAUCCUCUCACUGGAGGCGAAUCUGGCCGCUGUAACUGUAAAGCAAAUGUCGAAGGUCGUCGUUGCGAUCGUUGUAAAAAUGGUUUCUGGAACUUCGAUCCUGAAAAUCCCGAGGGAUGUCAAGCUUGUACCUGCAAUAUCCUGGGUACCAUCGACAAUCGUGGAUGUAAUAUGGUGACUGGCGAGUGUACUUGCAAGCGUUACGUUACUGCUCGUGAUUGUAACCAAUGUCUCCCAGAAUAUUGGGGACUUUCGGAAGAUCCAGACGGUUGCAAGCCUUGCGAUUGCGAUCUUGGUGGUUCCUACGAGAAUUCUUGCGACGUAGUCACUGGUCAGUGCCGCUGUAGACCUCACGUCAGCGGCAGAACUUGUAACCAACCUGAACAAAGCUACUACACUGGAUCGUUAGACUUUCUCAUUUACGAGGGAGAAUUAUCCAGAGCCAGCGAUAAUUGCCAAGUGGUGAUAAGAGAGCCCUAUCGCGACGGAAGGAAUAGUACGUGGACUGGAACUGGUUUUAUGAAAGCGCUCGAAGGUUCAGUGUUGAAUUUCACGAUCGACGAUAUACGUAAAAGUUUGUGGUACGAUAUCAUCGUACGAUAUGAACCAGUUCAGGUUGGAUCUUGGGAGAAUGUUCAAAUAAUCAUCGAGAGAGAAAGUCCAGUGGAUCCGAAUGGUCCUUGUGCCGAAUGGAGACCCGAGUACGAUCAACUAUAUGCGCAACUUCCUUUAAGAUCGAGAAGCGUCGUUGUGCAACCAUCCGUUUGUUUGGAAGCAGGGAAACGAUACAAUAUUCUGUUACAAUUCCGUAAAUUCAAUAAUCACAUGGAUACACCGUCCGCGUCCAUUUUGGUCGACUCUAUCGUUCUGAGACCGAAAAUAGACUCCAUUCCUUUCUUUAAAACGCCUGUAGUUGGCGAACUUCGUCGGCAGGAAUACGAAAUAUAUCAUUGUAGUGAUUUCUAUAACGAUUUUAACGCCAUAACGAAUAAUAUCCCGGAAGUUUGCAAGAAGUAUCAAAAUAGUAUCGGUUACUACGUUUAUGACGGAGCACAUUCUUGCGAGUGUAAUCCGACUGGAUCGCACAGUUUGCUGUGUGAAAAUUACGGAGGCACGUGUCCUUGUAAACAAAACGUUGUUGGCAGGCGUUGCGAUCGUUGCGCGCCUGGUACUUACGGAUUUAGUCCGGAGGGUUGCAUUCCCUGUGAUUGUGACGGUGUAGGGGCGCUGGAUAAUUUUUGCGACAUUGAAACAGGUCGAUGCAAGUGUCGACCAAAUACUUAUGGUAGAACUUGCGGUCAAUGCGAGCCUGGCUUCUGGAAUUUCCCUCAUUGUCAACGGUGCGAGUGUAAUGGUCAUGCUGAAAGUUGUGAUUCCAAGACUGGCGCCUGUAUGAAUUGUCGGGAUUACACGACCGGACACAAUUGCGAUAGAUGCAUUGAGACGUAUUACGGUGAUCCUAGGAUCGGUGUGGAUAUUCCAUGUAGAGCGUGCCCUUGUCCGGGAACCAUAGACUCUGGACAUUCGUACGCCGAGAGUUGUUCCUUAGAUCCGGUGACUCACGAUGUGAUUUGCGAAUGUUUCGAUGGAUACACCGGUCCGCGUUGUGAAAGUUGCGCGGAGAACUAUUUCGGUAAUCCUGAAGUUCCUGGUGGUAGCUGUGAGCCCUGUAAUUGCAACAAUAACACAGACUUACGUCGACCCGGAAAUUGCGAUCCUGAGACUGGACGUUGUCUUCAAUGUCUCUACAACACUGAUGGAACCAACUGUCAGAUUUGCAAGGCAGGAUUUUACGGAAAUGCUCUGGAACAGGAUUGCGAGGAUUGCAUGUGCGACGUUUUGGGUACAGAUAGAAACGCUGGUCCUUGUGACCAUCGAACUGGACAGUGUUCCUGCUUGCCUCACGUGAUCGGUUUACUCUGCGAUUCUUGUGAAGAGAAUCAUUGGAGAAUCGCCAGUGGCCAAGGUUGCGAUCCUUGCGAGUGUGACGCAGUUGGGAGCGUUUCCGACAGAUGUAACCCGUACGACGGUACUUGCGAGUGCAGACCAGGUUUCGGAGGAAGACGUUGUAACGAGUGCCAAACCAACUACUGGGGAAACCCUAAUGUCGAAUGUUAUCCGUGUGAUUGUGAUUUAACCGGUUCUGCCAGCCAGCAGUGCGACAGAGAAACAGGAAUGUGCGUCUGUCACAAGGGAAUCGGUGGCGAAAAAUGUGAUCAGUGCGAUCGUGGCUACUAUGGAAAUGCGCCUCAGUGCAAUCCUUGCGGAGAAUGUUUCGACAAUUGGGACUUGACGCUGACUGGUUUGAGAAACAAGACGAAUCUUGUAAUCGAAGAGGCAUCGAGAAUUCAAAAGGUUGGAACGACCGGUGUCUACAGCCAAGAAUUCGACGACAUGGUCGAAUCUCUGGAUCAAGUCCAAGCACUGAUCAGUAACGCUUCCAUCAGAAGUCAAGAUUUGGACGAAUUAAAUGAUUUGGCUAUAGAUUUGAAUAAUAAGAAAUUAGAAUCCACCAAGAAAUUAGAAGAAGUGAACAAUCUUCUGGAGAAUGUCAGUCAAAGAGUAAAUCUAGGGGACGCUGCUCUUAAAAAUUUGAAGAAUAGAACGAAUAACUUACAUCAAGCUGCUGCUGAUCUCAAAGAAAAUGCGACUAGAUUGCAGGAAGAGAAUGUCCUAGGCGCUCUUAACGUUACCCAGCAAAUGGCGGAACAGUCUAGACAAGCGGAAAAAAUGGCCAACGACACUAGCAACGUUCUGGCCGACGCUGAAAGAUUCCGCAAACAUACUGAGAGCUUGUUAGCUAAGAAUCGUGCUUUCGUGAUAGAGGCACAGGAGAGAAACCAGGAGUCAUUGAAUAAAAUAAAUGAGGAAUUGAAGAACUUCGAUGGAAUUAUGCCAGGAUUAAAUCUUGAAAUGUGUGGAGAUAACGUGACGGAUUGCAGCAGCGUCUGUGGUGGCGCUGGCUGUGGUUUCUGUGGUGGACUGUCUUGCGAUGCGGGUGCUGUGACCAAAGCUAAUCAAGCUCUGGACGUAGCUAAGAAACAGGCUGCUGAGAUCAAGAACCACAAGGACGAGGCUGAACAGUUACUUCGUAAUAUGGUUCAAGUGAAACGCGACGCAACGGCAGCCAGGUCGAAUGCUCAAGAUGCCUUCAACCACGCCUUUAGAGCUCGUAAUCUAACCGAUACCUUGAACAAAGAUCUCGCUGACAUAAACAAGCGACUCCGUAACAUCUUGGAGGAGGACCAACCCACACCAGCUAUGGUCAGAGACUUGGCCAAUGAAGUAUUGGCUAAAAACAUCAAACUAAAGCCCGACGAGAUCAAAAUAUUAGCCGAUCGUAUUAAGAGUAUCGUCGGUUCUUUGACCGAUUCCGAGAAAAUCCUUGCGGAUACCAGGGACGACCUUCAGUUGGCCGAAAAGUUAAAGAACGAUGCUGACAAAGCGAAAGAGGAAGCGAUUGCGAAACAAAAUCUAGCUAACAAAGUGGUAAUUUUAUUAAGUGAUGCUCAGAGAGCUCAAGAUCGAGCUCAAGCAGCGAUCGAUCAAGCUGAACGCGAUGUCAGGAGAUUCGAAAAUGACUUGGAAGAGAUAGCCGAAGUGACCAGGGGAGCUCAGAUGCAGGCAAACAGCACCACUCAGACGGUCGAUUCUCUGGAUGCUCGCUUGAAACAAUUACAAACGCAAUCGGUCAGAAACGAUUUUGUUUUGAAUGAAGAAAUCAGGAUCGAGGCGCGGAAAGUAGCUGAUGAAGCGCAAAAGGUCGAUGCUAAGACGAAGGAACUCGCUAUGGAAUACAGAAAAGCAGACGAAGCGUUGAAUUCGAGGGCAAACAAGAGCAAAGGGAAUAUAUUAAGGGCGAAGAAGCUCUUACAAAAAGCCUCCGAGUUGACAGCCGAUACUUCGACGAAAUUGAAGGACUUGGACGGUAUGGAGAGUGUCUACAGAGAUAACGAAAGAAUGCUAUCCGAUUUGAUGGCGGAGGUUGAUUCUUUAAAUGGAGAGAUGGAGAAAUAUUUGGCGGAAAUCGAACAAAAAGCCCAACGGUACAAGCACUGUACUCCUUGAGUGACUGUAAUUAAAACGUAAAAAAGUAACAUACAUUACUAUGACCGAAUGAAUGAGAAUAUAAAGAAAUAACAUAUAGAAUAUAGACCACUUUAAAGAAAGGAUCAUGAAAUCUUAAACCGGGACUUAUUUUUCCUAAGAAUUAUUCGGAUUCUAUAAUAAAGUAUACUGAUUCUAAAGAAACGAAGGAAACAAUUUUUCCAGUGCCAUAGUGGUAAACGAAGGGGCCAUUUAUUUGUUGACAUAUUACGUAUUUUAUACACGCAUUCGUACGUAAUUUUUCGAAAAUCUAAUAAUGGAGAAUCCUUUAAAUCGUUUUCCAAAUAACCGCAAAAAGUGCCAAUAAACGAAAAUCGAAUUUUCUCAUUGCAUUUAUUAUCAUGGACCAAACAUUUUAAAAUGAACUGAACACCGCAUAAACCGUCUACUAUUUGAGAAAAAUGAUUGAGCUAGUUAAUAUAUAAUAGAAAUUAAAGUAUCAAUAUCGAUACCUGACUCACAAUAAAUGUUAUUGUUCUAUACAUCUCAAGAUAAGAUUUGUACUUAUAUAAAAUAUGUUGCAUUUAUUACAUAUAUUGCAUUUGUAAUAAGACACGGGUGCAAUAGAUAGAUAAAAUUUUUAUCAAUAGUUUGUAAAUAUAUUAUUACGUCUUUUCGCAAAACUGCAUUUUUUCAUUGAUUACAUAUUCUUAAUGAAUAUAAUAGAAUUUCGAUAAAUUAUUGUAGAAUAUUAGGCAGUUGUAUAAAUGUGUUAUGUUAUGGAAUCUACGAGAUUUGAAAUGUACGAAUAAUACGUGUCGAGGAAGCUAUUAAGAGAAGAGAAUUCCUCGAUAAAAAAGCAUUAUAGUUAUUUAUAAAUCAAUGUUUUAAAGUAACAACCGAACUAUUGAUAUUGUCAGUAACAGCCAUUAUUGCAUAUCUGUUCUUGUUCGGACGAGAAAUGGAACAAAGCUUUAAACGAACCAAACGAUUAUUAAUUGUAUUUAAUGAACAGCUACGUUUGUACAACGAGAGAGAAAUACAGGUUAAAAAAAUAAAUAAUAUUGAAAAGACGAAA